AUGUCUUGGCCAAUGCAGACCCCCGGGCAAUGGAACCCGGGUAUGGCUAUGGCCCCUGAAAUGGGUAUGGGAUCCUACACACCAGAACAGUGGGCUGCUAUGCAGCAGCAGAAUUGGCAGCAAUGGACCCAAUGGCAACAGCAAUACGCACAAUGGCAAAGUCAAUAUGGAGAGAAGUACGCGGAGCAAAUGCAGGCUAUACAAACGAUGGGGGGUAUGCCGCCGCUCCCGCCCCCAACAGCUGCCCCACCACCGGCCCCGCCGCCGCCGGAUAAGCCACCUCCACCUCCUCACGAAAAUAACCAGCCGCUUUAUGCUCCUAAACCUAAUCAACCUACCCCUGUUCCAGCUCCUAAUAAUACUGAAAACCGUAAUGUGCAACCUGGAAAUAAAACUAAUUUAAACCAAGCAGGUACCAAUAAUAAUUGGUCUUAUGGUCAAGAGCCAUCAUUGGUGUCUGCUAAUGCAGAAGCACUUAAGAAACUAGCCGAGGAAGAGAGGCUGUUUGAUAUACAGUUUCAGAAGUGGGAAGAGGAAAUUGAGAAAUGGAAAAAAGACAAUUUAAAUCAUCCUGAUAAACAAGCAUAUAAAAACUAUGAGGAAAAGUUUGAGUCUUGUCGUGCACAACUUUUAGAGCGGCGACAACAGAUGAAUAAAAAGAAAGCUCGCCUUUUAAGUACAGCUCCGCCGCCACCUCCUCCACAUCCUGCUACGCCGCCUCAAGGGAAUGGAAACAUUCUAGUACCGCCUCUUUUAAAAAAUACACCAAGCAAUGUGUAUCCAAACAUACAGCAAAAUUAUGGUAACAAUCCUGGUCAAACAAGUGUUCAACAGCAAACUUAUGUUAAAAGUCCUGGUCAGACAAGUGUCCCACAACAAAGUUAUGGUAAUUAUUCUGUACAACAGCAAAAUUAUUGUCAUAAUCUUGGUCAAACAAAUGUUCAACGGCAAAAUUAUGGUAAUAAUCCUGUUAAACAGCAAAAUUAUGGUAAUAAUCCAGGUCAAACAAAUGCUCAGCAGAAAAAUUAUGGAUUUGAAAAGACAAAUAUACAACAGCCUAACUAUGGUUUAAAUGUUUCUCAAAGUAAUUAUAAACAAGGUUUAGAUAAUAAUUCAAUUCAAGUGACAAAACAGCAUCAACAAAAUUAUGGUAAUAACUCUAUUCAAAAUAUAAAUAAGCAACACCAAGAUUAUGGAAUGAAGACACCUCAAAACAACCUGGAUCAAGGUGGCAGUCAAUACCAGUAUCAGGACUACAUUUUGCAAAAUCAAAAUUCUUCUAAAUCAGUUAAAAAUACCAAUUUAACUACUCCACCCCCAAAUCCUAGCUUUUUACUUGCUAAUGAAUCUAAUAAAAAUGGAAUACCAGGCCUUGAUUUAGUUCCUAAUACUGAGAAAAGUUUCAGUUCUAAUACAAAUCAGGAUGUUAUUGAAAUUAUUGAUGAUAAACCAGUAACUCAAUCUCUAACUGCAGGCCCAGAUUAUUCAACUAUUUCGAAGGGAAUAAAUAACAUUCUUGGUGAUGAAAAAAUUAUGAAUAUACUUUCAAUGGUUAGAGGACAAGUUGGCACAAAUCCUUUGAAUAAUCAAGCACAUGUAUCUAACAAUCUAGCUGGCCAAAUUGUUAGCAACAGUCAAACUGAGUCGCUAUAUGAACAGGGAUACGGUAAUCAAAAUCAGCAAUUUAACCAACAGUAUGAUAACAGACAAAAUAAUAUGCCAUACAACAGACAGAGUGGAAAUUACUCUAUGCAACAAAAUGAAGAAGCCUCCCCACAUGUACCAAAAAGGUUUAUGGAUGAGAGGCAAGAUGAUUCACAAUCACAGUACAAGUAUGAUAGUAAUCCUCAGUAUGGAAAUGAACCUGCAUAUGAUAAUGGCCCUCCUAGAGGCCUACCACAAGGCAGAUCCAACAUACCUGGCCAUCAAAAUGAAAAUAUUUACACUAAAGGACCUCCACACCCUGAUCAUCAGGAUGGUAAUAAUUAUCCAAGAGGAUUUACAGGGCCUCCAGAAAGAAGACCAUUACAUGACAGCAAUAUAAAUACUGUUGCACCUCAAACACCCUUACCUAAAUGGAUAGAUGAACCAAUGUUUUCUCCAUCUGUAAUAGUAGAAUAUGAGCACAAACCCCUUAGAUUAAAAGCACGUGACUUUAUUGAACCUGUUCAUAUGUUUGAAUAUAAUCAUAAAUCAAAAGAUGAAGAUAACAAGAGAAAAGAAUAUGAAAAAGAAACAGAUGACUUAUUUACACGAAACCUGAGAAUAUCUGAUAAUGAUGUUGACUACAGUGGUCAAAGGUAUAGUCGUGAUUAUUAUUAUAGGAAUUUUGAAAGACGAACACCUCGAGAUGAUCAACAUAGUGAGUUUCGGCCGAGACCCGCAUUUCGAGAUGAGUAUGAUGAUAGGAGGAGAUUAGAUGAGGAUAGGAGAAGAUUAGACGACGAUAGAAAAAGGCUAGAAGAAGAUAGACGACGACUUGAUAGCAGAUUUGAUGAUAGACGAAGAGACGACCGUGAUAAAUAUAAUAGACGUGAAGAUGUGCAUAGAGAAAGGGAUAGAGAUUUUCAUCGUGAUCGUGUUCGUGGCCGAGAAUCUCGAAGGGAAGAUAUAAGGCAUCAUAGUAGAAGUCACGAGAGAGACAUACGUAAAAGGGCAUUAAGUAAAGAUAGUGAUCAAAGUGAUUCAUUUGCAAAGAAACUUAAAGAAAAGGAACCUAUUCCUGCUGAUCAGUUUGAUCAACCUAAGCAUAUAGUGAUGAUUGACGACUUAUUAGAACCUCCAGGACGUGAAAUGAGACCACAAAAGAUUGUCAUCAUAUUAAGAGGACCUCCAGGCAGUGGAAAGUCAUAUUUAGCAAAAUUAAUAAGAGAUAAAGAAGCAGAACAUGGUGGAACAGUGAGAAUCAUGUCCAUUGAUGACUAUUUUAUGCAAGAAGGUGAAAUUGAAGAAAAGGAUCCCAGCACUGGAAAGAUGAUUAAAAAACCAACUCUGAAAUAUGAAUAUGAUGUGAGCAGUGAAGAAACAUAUAUAAAUUCUUUAAAAAGAGCUUUCAAGAGAAGUUUGACAGAUGGUUAUUUUUCAUUUAUUAUAUAUGAUGCAGUCAAUGACACUUUGAAGAGUUAUGCAGAUGUAUGGAACUUGUCUCGACAGAACGAUUUCCAGGUGUACAUUUGUACUAUGGAAUUAGAUCCCCAUCUAUGUUAUAAGAGAAACAUUCACAACAGAACAUUAGAAGAUAUUGAAGUUAUAUGCACCCGUUUCUACCCUACUCCACCCCAUCACAUUCAACUUGAUGCCACAACAUUGCUACAGAGUGGUGCCAUAACAGAAGUACAAAUGGAAGAUGCAGAUGAUGAAGUUAUUAUGGAGGAUGCACAAGAAUCUGAGGUCGAAAGCGUUUUUACAUCGAAGUGGGAGAAAAUGGACGACGCUGCUCAACUAGCUCGACUCGAUGGCACCAGCAAACCUCUCCGGCCCUCGCAGCUCUCAAUGGAGGACUACCUACAACUAGACGACUGGAAGCCAACAGCAGCCAAGCCAGGAAAGAAAACUGUACGCUGGGCGGAUAUUGAAGAAAGCAGACAACAAGAAAAGAUGCGCGCCAUCGGAUUUGUAGUAGGCCAAACUGACUGGAACCGAAUGACUGACCCAACUAUGGGUUCCAGCGCGCUCACUCAAACAAAAUAUAUUGAGCGAGUGAGACGUCAUUAG